ACGUGAACAAACAUAGGGCCCUUGCGGGCUCAGUAAUGCGGGUGGAAUAUAUUACGUUGAUGUGGGGCAGCAUCAAAUGGCUUAUUUAAAACAAUGGUUGUGUGAUCAUGGUUAUAAAAAGUACAGAGAAGCUAGAACUCUUAGUACAGAAACUUCAAAAUCAGAUCAAGAAGAUAAACCUUAUGCUUCCAAGUACAAAGCAAGGGAAAUUUUAAAAAGUUUGAAAAGUAAACUUGAAGAUUUAAUUGAAGAUCAAAGUGAGGUUGUUGUUGAACAGGAGGUAUCAGCUGAUGAGGUACAACUAGAAUUUCUAGGCAAACAAGAGGUCCGCAUUGAAGAUAAUGUAACACCAAACUAUUUGAUAGCUGUGUUAAAUUAUGAUCUUGGUUUAAAUUUUAUUGAAUGUGAAGAGGUAUCAACUGGUGAAGAAUAUUUAAAUAAAUGUGCAUCCUUAAUUAAAGAAUAUACUCAAACGCCUAAAUACUGCUGCCUUAGUAUUUGCGUAAAGAACCAGCUAAGUAUUUUAUGGUCAAACCGAUCUUCAUCCGAGAAAGCAAUGGAAUACCUUCUUCUGGCUGAAGAUGAGUACAAACAAAUCAAAGAAAGUGGUCAUAGUGCUCCUUUUGACUUUGAUGAGAUUUGGAGAAAACCUGAUAAACAAGACGAGAAUUUGAUUGUUAAACGUGAAUCAAACUUUGAAAGUAUCCACACGCUUACACUGUAUUAUUUGGCGCAAGUCUAUGCCCGCCUUGAAAAACCUGAAAUGUCUGCUAAGUAUUGUCAUGUCACUUUGGCUAGACAAAUUGCUACUAAGCAAUACGAGCCAUUAGACUGGUCUUUAAGCUGUGCCACGCUGUCUCAAUAUUACGUGACUCAAGAUCAGUUUUCUUCUGCUCGGUAUUGUCUGUCAUGUGCUGAGAUAGUUAAUCAGGAGGGUAUUGGUGAUGUAAGCAAAAAAGAGUAUGAAGAUAGCAGUGAUCGUGAACGUGCCCUAGAAAAAGCACAAAAAUCAAGGGCAGACAUUUUAAGAUGUUGGGGGAAAUAUGGAUUAAACCUUUUAAAAGAAUCUCACAAUGUCAAUAUUACAGGUAACACAAGUGGUGAGUCAUUGGUAAAGGAAAACAAAAAUGACUUUGAUAAAGAUUUUAAAUCUCUGAAGUUUAGCGGGUUGGAGCCUUCAGUUACUGAAGAACGGGUAACUGAUCAGAUCGCUAAAGAUUUGAAAUCUUCAAAAGCACUUUUUGUUUUCAGCAAUAAAUGUCUUCAAGAAGCAAAGGAAUUUUACAAACUAGAUGGUUACGUAUCAGACUUUGUUGAAAUCACUCAAGACAUUAGUCAACUUUAUAAGUAUCUUGCAUUUUUUGAUAACGAUUUCGAGAAUCGCUGUAAAAUGCACAAGCGUCGUAUAGAUAUGUUGAACGCUAUUCUUAUUGAACUCAACCCACAACACUUUUUACAGAUUUCUAGGCAGUUAACCUUCGAAAUUGCCGAGACCUAUGGUGAAAUGGCAGAAUUAAAAAAGGCCAUCAUAGAGGAGAACCCACAAAAGUUUUCUGCUAAUUCCAUUAAGAAAAUAAACUUCUUAUUACUCCAAGGAGCGAAAUAUUUCAGCGGUUUCAUUGACUCGUACAAAAAAGAAAACCAAUUGCCAACCGCGUUUGAAGAAGAUGAUGUGCGACCAGUUUUGUCUUCCUUUUUCUGUUUGUCAAGGCUUUACUCCAAGUACUAUACCAACGAUAGGGACACUAAAAUUCAGUACAUGCUUAAGGAAAAGGAGUGUUACGAAUAUAUUGUCAGCUAUUGUGAUACACAUGAGAAUAUGCCAAAAGUUUUUGAUGAGGAGUUGACGAUUACCAGAGAGAUGUUGACUUUAUUUAAUACAAAAAUGAAUAACGUUUUAAACAAUUAUUCUUAACCAAUUUGAACUUCGUGAGAAUUUGUAUGUUUUUAGCUCUUUGUACCUGUGAGUGAUAUCACUGUUAUUUUAAAGUCUUUCUGUCAUUACAUUCAUUUCGAUGUUUAAACCAAAUCUAGCCUCAAUAUAAUGCACAAUUUCAGGAGCAAUCAAAAGACCUUCAGUUAGAAAUCUUUUGUUUUUGGCGAAUCUGCUAAAUGUUUUGAUACAUGGACAACAAAUCAUUUUCAUGUACUGGAGUUUGUUUUAUUUUUACUUUUUAGUGUAUUUUCUUUAGGACUUAUUUAUAUAUUUUUAAAGUACUUUAAGGAAAGUAAGUGUUUGCGAGAAAAAACUUGUUGCUCUACA